CUUUUAAAGUGUAUUAUUUGUCUACGUCAAUUCGACGUAGGCCACUGCAUAAGAGUUCCCGUUUGAAAGCAGCCAAAAACAGCAUUGAAUUCAUCCACAAUGGCGCUACAACAUAUCCAUUUUAGAGAUGACUUAAAGCUGUAAAUCCCAACGUGAAAAGUAGCCGGAUGUUUCCAGUCAUCUCUGCCAUGCAGCAUCUUAAAGUGAGUAGCGAAGAGGUGGAGAUUAAGAUGGAGGGGAUCAUAAAUUCCACAUCUUCAAAUGUUCAUCUUGAGAAUGGGUGAUGGUCGCUGUGAAGGUCACUCAGAGAAUGGAUGAAGGUCACCUUCAAGUAGAUGGGUGGUGCUCAAUGCUCUGUAUGGUCGGGCCACAGGAGGAAGUCAAAUUAUUCUCGUCCACAAGCUGCUUCUGAAUUUUUUUCCCCUGCCCCUCUCUCUGUUACUCUGUCACAAUUUUUGUUUUCAUACUGUUAAUUAUCCAGCCCAUUCUUUUAAGCAUGAAUUCCCUCUCUUUCUUCUUUCUCUUUCUCUAUUUCUUUUUCUGCCUCUCUUUCCUUGCUUAUUCCUGUCUCCCUUUUCCAUCCUUUUCUCUGUCCCACUAUCUCCCCCUUCUAUUCUGAAACUUAUGAUUAUGUACUCCCAGUAAAAAAACAAACUAUUUUUGCCUUGUUCUUCUGUGCACUUACUUUCUUUCUCUAAAAACGUCCCCCUUCUUCUAUAUCUACUUUCCAAUCUGUCUGUCUCUAUUGUUCUCUGCUCAAUACCCUAUAUCAUGAAAGAAGAAAAAAACAAUUCUCCAGAUAUGUUUUUUUUCUUACUAAAAAUAAGGUUUUAUACAGUCCCAAAUAAGGAGAAACCUUGUUUUGCAUCACAAGAUCUAUUCUAUUUUCCCCUUUGGAAUCAAAGAAAGGUGAUAUUCAAUCUCGGGAACAAGGUUCUAUGCAGUCCUCUGUCAGCAGAAACCUGCUUAACAUUUCUUUUGUUUUUUUGGAAUCCUGAAAAAAUACAAAGAAAAUAAUAGAUCCUAAUCAGUUCCAUAAAAUCAUUACUUAGCCAUGGCAAUUCUCAUACGAACAUUUGAUAGAUAAAUGAAGUACCUUGAAAAAUAUGUUAUUUGGAAAUUAUCCUACCAAUAACAUUGAAAAGAUGUUAAAAGAAACCCAAAAUGGAGCAUUUAUAAUAUGAAUUAAAUAAUAAUCGAACAAGUUUGAAUUAAUUUCAAGUUAACCAUACUGGGAGAUAUUCAACAAGAAUAUGACUAGAUACCUAUAUGGUCAUGUAUUAUAAUGGGAGGGGAACCCUUAUAUUAAUUUCCAUAAUCAAUACUGUUUUUAUUGUUGAAUGCAUGUGUUAUAAGGUAAGUAAAGGGAUAUUAAACAUUAAAAACUUGGUGCUUAAAUAAUUUUAGUUAAUAGGGCGAUAACAUGAGAUAAUUUAUAGUCUAAGAAUGAGGGAAAUAUAUUGGGAUAAAAAUAAAAACUAAGACAUCAGAUAUAAAGAGGGAUUUCGCUCAGAUAAUUUAAGUUUGGGAAAAGCAAUCAUACAAAUUGCAUUGGCUAGUGUAUUAUUUUAAAGUUAUAUAAAAUACAUUAUCCAGAAAUUCUAAGAAGUAUAUUUCUUGAGGGAACAAAAAUUAUGCUACUUUUUUGUCGUGGGGGGGGGGUCAAAAUUAUGAGAUUAGAAAUAGUAAUGAUGAUAAGAUAUUUUCAUAAAUAAAAGCACAGUUUACAGAAAGAAAUUCAAAACAUUAUUAAAAAUUAACAUGGUUUAGGAUGGUUCCAAAAUUAAGCGUAGAUCCAGUAAAUUUACUUAUGUUUUUAUUUUUUAAAUUUCAUAGAAUUAUCGUAAAUAUUACAUUAAGAUGGGGAAAUGGGAUUUUAUACUUCUCGAAUGAGGCAAGUGUGUGUGAGCAAUAUUGCGUUAAGUCUAAAUUUACUUACGAGUGUCCGAUAAUUAUCUGAGCCGUUUCUACCAUAUAUAUCAAACCGUUUCAAAAGGUCAAAUGCCUUGCUUAGCAUUUGCAUUUUUCGUGGACUCUGCGUUUCUAUGACCUUUGAUUGGAUAAUUUUGCGUAAAUUUGUCCGAAAGAACAAGAAAAGCAUCGUACGGACCUUGUGCAUCCUGAUGAAGAGACAAUAGACUAAAGAGGCACUUCUGCGGAUAUCGUCCUCGAUGUUCACGGCAGAAAAAUAUUCGGUACCGCGUUUUUAUCCGUUAAAGACGAAUGCCUCUUUUCCCCAAUGAAAGGAACAAUGACAAUCUUCAACUUUAUGGAAAGUGUGCAAUCUUUUGCUAUUUGCCAAGACCCUGGACCGUGCAGCAUUUUAAUUCAUAUACAAGCAUCUUCUCUAUUGAUGUUGGAACUUCAUAUGGGGUUCUUCAACCGAUGAGAAACCAUAGGAGAUAUUAUACAUCUUAUUCAUAGCCCCAUCAGAAUGGUGAUACCUCGGAGCAGAAUGAUGCAUUGUGGGUCUAUUUGCUCUGCGAAGGAUAUGAGAUUUUCUCAUUUUUCAUCUCCAUUCAAAAUGCUUCAUGCUACAAAGAACAGUCACCAAUACGAAAUUUGCUGAUCAAAUGAUAUAGUGCACAAAUCUGUGAGACAACUGAGAGUUCUUGCUGAUGGCUAUCUUGUUAAAGCGUUUCUUUGAACGUGUGUACGUGAAUGUGUGCAGAAUAAGGAGCUACAUGUAUGCUGUAUUAUGUAUAUCGCCUAAUUUAGCCCUGUAAUGCCACGUCAAUUCAUACAUGUCAUGUCUCAGACCUACAAGCCAUCAUUCCCACUGAACUCUCGGUCCUGUGGCCACAUAGGAUGGUACAUGUAUCUGCGCUUCAGAGCAUUUUGGAAUAUGAGGUAACUCUGAAUUUGUAACACAUACCGUACCUAUCAAAGGCUUAUUUAUCCAUCUUAUUUUGAAUGUGGCCAGCUAUUGUGACUUGCGUGCAAAAUUUGUAUGAAAUUGAUCAGCCUCCGUCCCAUAGUAACUCUUAUGUAUAAAAGUUAAGCUCGUUACGACUGGAAAUCUUGAGCAAUAACUGCCUUGUCAGCUUUUUCUUCGGAUCAUGGACACCUACUCCAAAGGGAACAUCUGUUCUGUCAUCACCGGAUCUUGUAAAAGCGUGUGAAAACCGGAUAUUUCGUUUACUUUCGCGAUGGGUCUUAAUUUCGUAUUGCUUUGAAGGGCAAUUUCACAAAGUUAAUGUCCAUGCUCAUGCAUGUUUGCGUGUAAUGUUCGUAAUAGCUCACACUUGCUUUCGAAAGAAAGAUCUGACCGGGUUGAUUAGGGUAAUAAUUCAGUCGAUGUAAAAAAGACGGCAGUAAGCGUAUUACGUGAUUGGUUACAGCAGAAGAUGAGGCCUACCGUUGUGCUUAAUUCCGUAUAUGAUAUGACGGGAGGUACACCUAUCAUUCGAUCUUCCGUAAUAUGAAACCCCUUGUUUCAAGAAGUGUAUCAGUUAUAGUGAAGACACCGUUGCAUUUCAGUUAUGAUAUUUUCAUGUUAAAUGUUUGUUUCGCGUGCGUUUAUUGAUCUAUUGUCCGUUAAUGGGGUACUUCGUGGGAAUCGCUUUUCGGGAUACUUGGAUCCAUCGUUGCGAAUGUUCAGCCGGUCCUUACGUUUCAUCGGGCCAAGCUUGGGUGUGUGAAUGUUAUAUACCGGACUUCUGUGCUUAUCUGUUAGUCGUAGGACCAUGUCUUCAUUGCCUUGGAACAACACGUCAUCAUUGAGAGGAACCUCGACCUGGAUUCAGUCUGCUCAACGUUGCUAGGAAGAUCGUCCAGCUCUGCAUUCAACACAGUUCCACAUUCAUCGGAAUAUUGAAUUUUUAGUCUUCAGCAUUACUGUGAAAAUAUACUUCGUUUUGGAUGUACUCUUCUUACUGCUUCAUGCACUUCGAGUUUCGGACCAGCUUAAUCUCAAAUCCAGCCGUUUUUAUUCAUCUUUGAUAAUCUGCUUAGUCUUGGACUCAGCCUGUUCCAGAUUUCUCUUAUGAUCUGCUACAUCAGGACUUCAACUUCUCCAAGAUUUUGUUCAAGAAUUUCAUCUUACUGUGAAGUUAAUCUGAUAAAACUUUUCUGAAGAAGUUGUACAAACUCUAAUUUGAUCUGAGGAAGUAUUCUAUGAAGACAAGGAUGAACACUACAACCCGACUAAUACUGUGAUGGGACUGAUACUUUCUUGAUGCUUCAGCUUGGAAUACAGAUAAGAUUUCAAGUGGUUGCCUGAAUAUCAGGAGCUGAGGAGGAAUAUAUCUAAUUAUUGACUACUGCAUCAGUUCAACUUCAUCAAACCUUCAAACUUGGGAUUCACUGUGACAAACACUGUAGCUGUCAUCAACGUGAACAUUGAUACUAAGCAUUCCGGUCUGGUAAAUUUCACCCGAUGUUCAAACCUAGUAUUGUGAUACAAGAUUGUUCUUGUCAUCUUGAACAUUGAUCUGUGGCUCUUCAGUAGCUAACCUUCAUCAGAACCUUGAAUCUACAUACAUGUAGAUAGUUAGAUACAACGUAGACAUUGUCAACCUGAACAUACAGUAUACUUGGGCACUUGGAUCUGACCUCAGAACUUCAAAUCUCGGAUACAUUGUGAAGUACGCUGGUGAAUCUUUUGCACUUGGAUCAUCCAAACUUCAUCAGAACUUCAAAACUUGGAUGCAUUGUGGGGGAACACAGUUUUGCCUCUUUUGCACUUGGAUCAUCUGAAGUUUAUCAGAACUUCACUUGUACAUGUGUGCACAGGCUAGUAUGAUUGUGAAUGUACCCUUUAUAUUGUUGCUGACUUGAAGAUAGAUACUGUGGCACUUCAGAGUCUACACCUUGCCUUCAGGUUGAUCCUACUUGUAGGAAGGAGCAAAACCUUGAAGUGAACUGAUCUUUCUUGUUGACAUCAAUUGUGACAACAUUCGUCAUCUUCACAUUGUACCUUAUCUUGACAGCAUCAGCUCAUCUCGACCAGUGCUACAUGUAAUUGCAAUCCACAUUUCCUUUCAUUAAAGUUUUAAGAUCAGUAUUAAAAGAAUAAUGUUCUGAACUUUGGCUUUGCAGAUCAAUCUUCAUCUGCCUUGUUGAAGUUCAAUCUCUCUUUAUUCCCCUGUAUUUUAUGUUGUGACAACAGAAUACUUAUGCAAGACAAAGGUGAAAUUUUACAGUUAACCUACACCCAAUCAACUCUGACACAGUAGAGUUUCCAGACAUUCUUUGAUGCCAAGGAAAGACAUUCUUUGAUGCCGAAGGAAAUUGCUACAUUUGGAAACCGUCUUGUUAUCUGCACUUUCCAGUGAACCAAGUUCUCUGCAUCAAGGUCUAUCUCGGAACAGUACUUGACACCAGUGUUUCAUUGUGUUCCUGCAAUCUUUCUAUCAUUGUACUGUCAUCCCUGAGGAAGGCAUCUUACUGUCAUUAUGGCUACUACUGGAGAUGACUGCUACUUCUUCUACUACUCUACCUGUACAAAGGGUCCCUCUUGCCCUUAUCGGCAUGUCGAGGCUGCCAGAGGAAAUGAAGUAACUUGUAUCAACUGGAAGCAAGGCUACUGCUUCCGACCAAACUGUGCCUUCAGACACAUGGAGAUAACGAAGAAUCGUUCUGAGAUAGCAUGUUUCUGGGAGAGUCAGCCAUCGGGAUGUCAGAAACCCCACUGUCCUUUCAAACAUGUCAACAAAACAACGUCAGAAUCGGGACCAGCGUCUUCGACAUCGCUCAUCAAUAAAAUACCAACCAUUGUGGGCCCAGUGACCAAGCCCCUCCCACCAGCGGUCAGUCCAGCCACCCCUGUGACUACAAUGGUAGCUCCUAGUGUCCAGACCCCACCUACUCUCUCAGUAGAUGACCUUCAAGGCCUGCCAACGGUCAAUCCAGUAGUCGUCCAUCCAAUGGACAGCGAAGAUGAUGAAAGCCUUGGUACGAUGAGCACAGAUGGGAGUCCUGGUAAGAAGGUCAUCCUCUCCCCGAUCAGACCAUCGCUAGGUCAGGAGAGGCUCUCACAACUUCGUCAGACCACCAUCAGACCCACUAUUGGUGCAAGACCAGUUAUCAGUCAAGAGAAGCCUCGGUCUUUCGGUAUCAAGACGUUGGCUGAGAUCCGCCGAGAGAAGAACAUCGAGAGAGGUCAUGUUGAAGAAGAAGAAAUAGAGGAAGAUAAAGAGAUGGAAGAGGAGGGGGAUAUGGAAGAAGAAAUGUUUCCACCUUUGUCUAGGAGAAUUAUUGCAGUCAGUAAUAACAGUACUCGUAAAUUUAAGGUCAAGGAGGAUGCCGUCAAACCAAAAGUUACAACUUUGUCCGAGCAUGCUGGAAAGCUUGGAGUGAAGAGUCAAGUCCAGUUACGUGAAGAACGCUUCAAGAGGCUGGGCAGCAGUUUAGAGCAAGAGGAAGGAGCAGCAAACAACCUCGCUAAACGUCUCAAGGUUGUGCGAAAUGUUCCUGAUGCAGAGAAGGAGCUGCUUGAGGAUGUCCCGAAGAAAGCCCUUGUACGGAGAGUAAUGGUUGGUGGUGGUGAUAGCACAGGAGAGAGAAAACUAGCUAAAGAUUCAGAGAGUUCUGGGCUGGACUCUAUCAAGAUAAAGACUGUCGCAGAGAUCAAAGCAGAACGAUUAAAAGAUCGGCUAGGAAAGCGAGUUGAAAGUAACAACUCGUCUGAGGAUAAGGUAUCCUCGUCUGUUGGCCCUAGAGGGAGUCUUUCAGCCAGAUUGGGACAGAUCGUCAGGACUGUUCAAGAAGACAAUGACUCCAAGCCUGUUGUCCAGGAAUCUUUAGCUUUCAAGAAGUCAUCUUUAGCAUCCCGUCUAGGUAAGGACAAAGACUCCAAUUCUGUCGUCCAGGAACCUUCAGCUGUAAAGAGGACUUCUGUAGCAAUGCGUCUUGGUAAGGACAAAGACUCCAAGACUGCCAUCCAGGAAUCCUCAGCUGUACAGAGGACAUCUCUAGCAAUGCGUCUGGGUAAGGUCAUUGAUGCUGUCAAAGUCGAUGCUGCGGGAGACAGACCUGAUGAACCUUCUGCGAGGAGAGGAAACCUGGCUGCAAGGUUAGGAAAACCACCCUCUGAAGUGGGUAAAGGGAAUAAUCCCAGCGUUGGGAUUAAAGUUAAGAGCUUAGCCGAGAUCAAGAGGGACAAACUCUUGAGGAGGCUUGGGAAGCCUCUCACUGACUCUGAUGGUGAAGGUGGGAUGUCGGACAAGGAGAAAGAAUCAUCACAAGAGCAAGAAGAGUACUCUGAAGAAGAAGAUGAAGAAGAGGAGGAGGAUAAAAAGGAGGAGAGUUUUGAGGAGAAAUCACCAGGGGAUAUCCGGAUCAAGACUCUGGCUGAGAUACGUCAGGAAAAACAAAGUCGCCUACCACUCUCAUCCAAGUCUAGUGAGGCUCUAGACAAAGACCCUGCAAGAGAGACUCAGAAGAAAGGAGCCCAGUCUGCUAUUGAGAGGAGGAAUAAGAGGAGAGGCGAGAUUGCCUUGUAUAAGCCACCUGGUGCUGCUCGAGGUUUGAAAGAGAACAAGGGUUCUCUCAUCGGUCAACGGAGAGCUGCAACUGUAGACAUCAGUGAUGAUACUGAGAAGGUGAGUGAGAAGCCAGCGAUCAAGGUACGUCGACUGAAUCUCACCAAGUCUGUAGAGAAUGCCAACAAGGGAACAGACUCUAUCCUUACUGUCAUCAAACAGAAGAAAGAUAUCAUCAAAGAUGAUGCUCCGGUCAUAAAGAUAAAGAGUCUAGCCGAGAUCAGAGCCGAGAAGCAACGUCUCGUUCAAAAGGCCGAAGCAGCGUCGGGUGGAGAGAGCGAGGGUUCAGGAGGCGAAGAGGAUGCCCAGGAGACAAAGAAAGAGGUGGAGAAGAGAUGGGAGAGGAGAUCAAAGAUAUGGAGUCGCUCCCCUGUGAAAGCCAAGACAGAGGAGGAGUCUCUUAAAGGAAAGAUAUUAACAGAAGAAACUGGAGAAGAGAAGAGCCUCGACGAGAUCCGAAGAGAACGGCGAGCACGGUUAUGGAACACGGCGGCUUCAUCGGACGAACCCCCCUCCAACCCAAUCAUCAGGAAGCCGGGCGGUCAGGUGAUCUCGGGCUCCGCCCCCGAGAUCAAGAUCAAGACCCUUGCCGAGAUCAGGAGAGAGAAACAACAACUCAGGGAACAGCAGAUGCAGCAGCAGCAGACUGGUAGCCGGAUCUCAGAGGUUACCACACAGGGUUCAACACAGGAGGAUAGCUUGAGAACUGACAGUUUACCAGUCAGGGAGCCAGAGACUGGUGACAUUUCUUCAUCUACAAGUACUACAGGAGUGGAUGGGGAUGCUGACUCGAGAAGGGAGUCAGCACCAGUCAGCCAGGCUGCAAGUACAUCGACGAAUAACCCAGGUACUAAACUAGCACGAAAGCCACUACAGAGAAGGAGAGGUAGACCGGUAUCUAUCACAUCUCAGGGAAAUACCCACUCUGCGCCAAGCAGUACAUCUACUAAUGUACAGUCCGUCCAACCUGAAACCCAGCCUGAACCUUCAUCGCCACCACAAGCCUCAUCGGCCGUCACGACCACAAUAAUAGAGGGCAGCAGACCUGCUGCUACAUUCAAAGAGCCCGAAGCUAGCCGACCAAUUCCAGAAGAGAGCAGGGUGAGCCGAGAAGUGCCUGAAGUUAGCAGCCGAGAAGAAGUCUACAUUCCAGAUGUUAGGGUCGAGGUAGAGCCUGAUACCACGUCUACAAUAUCGCCAGCUUUAACGCAAACAGAGGCAGUGGUAACUGAAGCUAAACCAUCCAUUGCACGUCUCUCCAGCGUUACCGACGAUGACCUCCAUCGUUUCCUCCAGGAGAACGACGACGAUGACCUAGAUCCCGUUCCAGCAGUCACCGUAGCAGCCCAUGAAGAAGACGACGAUCUUUUGAACGAGCUCGACGACUUCCUGAAUAGUUGAUGAUCGUCCGACACUAGAUAUUAUAUUUCGUAUCUGUUUUUGUAUAAUGUAGGAUUCUACAUUUAAGUAGGUUUUAUGUGUUCACAAAAUCUAUACCUUCAAAGUGCUCAUCAUUAUAUGUUUAUUGGGGUUCCCCAAUGCGAAAGGGAUGAUAAAUCAGAAGUUUGCAAUGGCCUAUAAAAUUUAUAGGUUCAUUUGCAUUUCUGUCCAACAUGCCCGUAAUUGAUGAACAUGAAUCAUCAUUUGAAAAUUGUAAUUAACUGCGCGUCCAUGUGUAAAGAGGUCCUAGUCGUAAAAGAAGAAUUUUUUUCUUCGUUCUGUUAAGUUUACUCAUUUCAAGUACAAGAAAAUCAUAAAUGAAAUGUAAUGUUUAAGAGCACUGUAGUACUUUAAAAAGGUAUGUUGUAUUAAUGAAUUUACAGCAUGAAAUGAUUGUUUAUCUGACGCGAUUGCAUCAUCUUUUUCACAUUUCCUGCACAAAAUAUAAAAA